AUGCCUAGGCAACAUCUCACCCCAAACGCUUGUUUGGUAUGCCGAAAAAAGAGAACCAAGUGUGAUGGACAGAUACCAUGUCGCCGAUGCAGGUCAAGGGGCGAGGAGUGCUCCUACGAGGAUAAGAAAUGGAGGACCAAAGACCACCUGCGAUCCGAAAUUGAAAGGCUGAGGGCAGAGCAGCGGCAAGGCGAGGCAGUUAUCCAAGCACUUGUUGACAACAAGCCGGACCAGUGGGAAGUAGUUCAGGACCGCAUGCGCGCCGAUGAAUCCCCCGAUGCCAUUGCAGAAUGGAUUCGCUCACUGAGAGGUUUGCCGGAUUCUUCACAGACCCACCGGGGUCUAUUUGGGAGUACGCCUGCCAGUGGGCUAAACAACUUUAUACCCACACCCUUCCAGUCACAAUUCAACCCAACGAUGCCCGGAAUAGGGAAUGUGCCUACCGGCGGCUUCCCAGAAGCAGGAUCGGAUGUCCUUGAUGCAUUCACUACGAAUAAUGGGCCAGGCAACGUCGGAAACGGCGGUACCAACAUAUGUCACGUCACCAGCGCCAUGGAGGGAGCUUCUCGUCCAAGUUUUUACGCUGACUUGGUCGCUCCUGGAGAUCGUAUAUCAUUGCAAAAACACGGGACCUUUGUUUGCCCGUCCCUGUCGCCCACAGACAACUCCUCCCAUACCAUGAACCACCCACUGGACAUGGCUGGACCCGCGGCUUGUCGUCUUGUUCCGAAUCUAACCCCCUAUGGGCCUCCUGUUCGGACCUGGACUACUGUUACAUCCGACAAGCAUCUUGUCCAGCGACUCCUUUCGAGAUUCUUCUCGGGACUCUUUCCGUGCUUGUCAUUGAUUUCUUACGCGCACUUCAUUCAUGAUUUUGAAGAGGGCACUGCGCGGUACUGCUCAGAAGCGCUUGUGAACGCCAUCCUCGGCACAGCAUGUAGGCUCUUCAACGCAACAUCUCAGCUCAUUUCGAGGAUCAGCUAUCGGCGACGCCUUUGUUGGUGA